UAAUAAAAAUAUGGGCCAACUACUUUCUGUAGGGGUAUUUUUGGGAUUUUCAAAUCUUGGUUAGGCCUAUAUAUAUGUAAUGUUUUCAUUUCAAUAUAAUUAGAAAAAAUAUUCCCAUUUCUAUCAAAAUAUAUAAAAUACUAAAAACAGGUUCUUCCAUCGACCAAAUUAUCAAAGUUUUGAAAAAUGCAAGCAAGCUACAGCACUGUUGUUUUCAACACUAAAUUCAGUGAUGUGAGUGUGGGAUCAUACCAAUCAUUCAUGCAAUCUCUUCGAAGAGAAUUGUCUAGCGGAACCACGAGCUAUGACAUACCCUUAUUGCGUAAAAAAUCAGAAGCAGUCAGAGACAAACAAUUCGUCUAUGUGAGACUUGAAAACCAAAGUUUCAAAAUCACAUUUGCAAUAUCAGCUCUCAACUCCUAUGUAAUUGGAUAUCAAGUAGAUGUGGAAAAGCGUUGUUACUUCUUCAAAGAAGCUUCUUCCGAAGCGAAAGCUUUACUUUUCAAAGAAAGUACUCGAAGAGUUAAUGUUAAUCUCAAUACAAAUUAUGAUAAUUUGGGAAAUAGAGAGAAUGUCAAUUUGGGAUUUAAGUCGUUAGACAAUUCCCUCGAAGCAUUUAAAAGAUUUGAUAGCGAGAAUCCUACGAACGAGCUUCGUCAAAUUCUUAUUGUUGUUAUCCAAAUGGUUGCCGAGGCUGGGAGAUCUAAAUAUAUUCAACAAAAAAUGGAAUGGAAAGGCUUUGAAUCUGGAUUUUUCCCUAAAGGUGAUAUUUUAAGCUAUGAGAAUAAAUGGGAAGAUCUUUCGAAAGCAAUCCAGAAUUCUAAAGAUGGAAGUUUUCCUAAAAUAAAAUUGCAAAAUGAAGAUUAUAGUGAUCGUUAUGUGUCCAAAGUUACAGAUGUGAAAAAAGACAUGGCACUCUUGUUGAACAUUGCAGCAUAAGCAAAUUAUUAGGCUUUGUCCAAGGUUUUACUUAAAUAAUGUUGCCAAAAAUAAGUGACAUCAAUCUUUUGAUGCCCUAUGUUAUUUCAGUUUGUGUGGUAUUUUUAAUAAUGUUUGCCCUUAUCAUCUUCCUAUAUUGUAUGAUAUUUGCAAGGGAAAAAUAUCAAUUGGCUUUCAUGUACUUUGUUAAAUAAUAAUUCAAAACUUUAUAUUUUACAAAA